UAAUAAUUGCACUACAAUAAAUUGAAUUAUUACAUGCUUCGUUGUAAACUAUGAUUCUGCAAUAAUUACAUAAAAUACUAAGAAAGAAGCAAAUAUGAAAUCGCAAGACGGAGAUAUUAUAUUCAAAGAAAAGUAUGGUUCAUCGGCUAAGGAAAGAUAUUUAGUGAAACCUCCAGAUCAAUUAAAUGUUGUGGUAUGUAAAGAAGAGAAAUUCAAUAAUGUGGCAAGUUUAUUCACCAAGGUAUUUUUGCCUCAGGGCUACCCUGACAGUGUAAGCAAGGAUUACAUUGCUUAUCAAAUAUGGGAUACAGCACAAGCAUUUUGCAGUACAAUUUCAGGCACACUUGCAACUCAGGAAGUAUUGCGAGGUGUAGGAGUUGGUAACAAACAUGCUACUCCUCUAGCUGCUACUGUUACAUGGGUGCUCAAGGAUGGUUGUGGCCAUCUUGGAAAAAUAUUAUUUGCCUAUAGUCAUGGUACUUAUUUGGAUGCAUAUAGCAAGAAGUGGAGACUAUAUGCUGAUACUCUUAAUGAUGCUGCCAUGUGUAUUGAAAUAGCAUUGCCUCUAUUUCGGAAUUAUAUUACAUUUGCUUUGUGUGUAAGUACUGUAAUGAAAGCUGUUGUCGGAGUUGCAGGUGGUGCCACAAGGGCUGCAAUGACACAGCACCAUGCGCUUCGUGGCAACAUGGCCGAUGUCUCAGCAAAAGAUUCAUCCCAGGAAACAGCAGUCAACCUAAUAGCAUCGUUCACUGCUCUCUUCAUUAUUACUGUUUUUGGCAAUUCACUUUUCAUAUUCAGUCUAAUGUUGAUAUUGCAUAUUGUGUUCAAUUACUUUGCGGUUCGCGCAGUAUGCCUGAGAACCCUUAACGAACCACGUUUCAUACAAGUAAUUGAUACUUACCUGAAGAGGGAGGUAAUUGCAAAUCCUUGUGAGAUAAACCGAAAUGAACCUAUUAUAUUCUAUCAACUUGGCCCUAACUUGUUAGACUUAAAAAUAUGUGGAUUUCAAAUGAAACUUGGUGGUUCGAUGGCGCAAAUAAUCAAAGAAGCGUCAAAAGCAUCGCAUCUAAAGGAAAUUAAAGAAAUAUAUAAUGAGAGAAAAUACAUUUUGUAUCCAAACACCAACUAUAGGAUCAUGUACAUAUUUAUCAAAGAUGGAUCAACGACCGAUGAUAUAUUGUGCGCGUAUUUUCAUGCUGUUUUGCUCUCAGUAACAACCUGUGCCAUAAAUAAUUAUAAAUUGCCGGUGUUCCACAAUACUUCAGAACUUAAGCCCUUUGCCCAAGUGUGUAAAAUGCUACAAUCAGUUGAAUGGAGCAGAAAAUCAGGCAAACGCACUGGGUUCAUCUAUGAACCAUCUUACGAAUUACAACGCUAUGUUAACAGUAUUGCUACACAAGAAUGGCAGUCUGUAAGAUCGGGCCUCAUACAAACUGGAUGGGAUUUGACCAAGCAUUUAUUAAUAGUAGACGAAUGGCGAGUAUGUGGCGAAAAAUCUAUUUUGAACGAAAUAUCAUUUGAACACAUAGACUUUGCAAAAUCUACCGUUGAUCCACAAUGCACAAAAGCCAAAUCGAGAAAAAUAUCUGAACAAAAAGGAAAUGAUCUUGACGAUUUAAUGGAUGACGAGAUGUUUACAAUAGAACCUGAGCCAUCAGUCAAGUUCCGCGACUCAGAGGAGAGAAAAGGAGGGAAAUCGAAAACUAAUAUCAAAGAUACUGCUGAAAAAGAUCCGGAAAAAAAAGAUUGACAUCAACUGUUUACGAAACGUAAAGCAAGGAAACGCAAAAAUCGUAAGGGCAAGUUGUAAUAGGACGAUAGUUUGUGUGCAAUUAUGACAAUCCAUUUGUGGUGUGAUUAAGUUAAGUUCUGUGUUUAUUAUUAUAUAAUGACUGUAAUUGUGGAAAUAUAUACAUUCCAAUAU